CCGUUUGUCUGUACUGAUAUUGAUAUAUAGGAUCUUUCAAAACUGUUACAGUUCUGGCUCGCUUUAUUCCAGAUAAUUCCAGAACAAAGCUUUCCCCACAACAAUUAUAACCCCGGACAAUGCUACAAGCGCUGUAGCUAACAACACGUGUUUCACCUAUCAAUUCGUAAUUGAUAGGUGAAACAAGUGCCGCAAUAAAAUAAAAAGGAUUAAACUCCGAUGUAUAUUUUGCCGGAAAAAAGGGGGAAAACUGUUGUGCUCGCGCCCUAGGCUCCCGCCCCCGGUAUCGAUCGGCGCGUUAUAUAACCCUUCCCCGCGCGCCCGCGCCCCCGCGCCCCGCGCCCCAGCCGCUGACACUAGAUACCUUUCGCAGGCUAUAUCAUUCAUAAGUCAGGUUCCGCAGCCGGCGGUCCGCGCUCGCUCCUUCCGAACCCUCUAGUCUCUGCGCAUUAAGUACCGCGCAAGUUCUCCACUCUAUGUCAGUUGUUUUCAAAGCGCCCGAGUGAACGAACGCUGGCACAACUUUCCGCGGUGUUUUGUUGUGAACAAUCGCGAUAAAUGUUCUAAGAAACAUACAAAGCAAUGGGCCUAACAUGGCUACUGUUACUGGCGUGCGCGCUAACAUGCGCGUGCGCCGACCGGGGAGGCUCGUCGCUUCGCGGCGCGCUUGAGGCGCUGCAGCGACGGCAGCGGGGACGCAUGCACGGCCCGGUACUGCCGCAACCCGACUACGAUUCCCUCUACGAGUUUGUACCACCACAAGGAUACCCAGAACCCGAUUAUGCUGACGUUGAAGAUAUUGAAGAGGAACCUUCCCCUAAAUACAUCGUCAAACUACUAGACGAGAAUGAAAGACCUCCGGAAGCAUAUGAAUAUAAAUUGAUUAAGAAAAAGAACUCGGCUAACCCAGGUGCUAAGAAAGAGUCCGCUUUCCGUGAGAGGACUCAUCACUCUGACAAUGAUAGACUGCGCGAAUUAUUUAUGGAUAAAAAUGAAGGCGCAGAGAAGAAGGAAUUAGAGGUUGAACCUGAUAAUGACGAAGAAUACGCACUACUCUUAGGCCAGCUCUGGUCAAAAUACAAGUACAACAAGGAACAUGCUAACAAUAUCGAGAGUGCACCCCAGGGCGUCGUCAAACUUUACAAAGAAAAAAUCGUUAAGAAACGAUACCCCGACAACUGGGGCCCCAUUGCAUUCAAGAGGAAGCGAAGUUCUGAACCUGAUUCAAAUCAUCCUAUUAUGUUGGAUUACGAUGGCAGAAAGAGUGGAGACGGUUCUGUUGAUUCCAACUACAAUGGUUAUGAUGUCUCUGAUGACGAUAAGGAUGAUAUUCGUGAAGAAUAUGCUAUCGCCUUUCAACCUUUGGAUGAUGAUAAUAUGUCUGACUUAGCAGAUGAAGACCAAUAUACCUACGAUGCCAUGGAAAAGCGUUUCCCUGUAACAAAACGCAGUAGCGGAUCAUAUAGCUUAAAUGUAAAGAGAUUUAGCCCAAACCAAAAUAAACGCGAUACUGCUAAGUCAUUCCGAAGCAGUGCAGGUACGGACCCCAAGUUAAUCAAAGAUCUUUCAAAGAUAUUCGGGGGUUCGGAGAUAGAAAUCAUCAAAACACCUGUAAAACGAAAUACGGAUCACGAAGAGCAUGAACAUAGCCACGACGUAAAACCGCCUUUAUUGACAACUGCCCACAAUAACACUCAUGAACACAACAACUCUGCAGUCUUGGAAGAUGAUAGCCAUGAACAUCAUGGGCACAACCUCCAUCACCCUGGUGUGUUCGGUAAAGAAGUAGAUCAUCACGACCAUGCCCACAAUCAUGACCAUGUUGAGCACGACCACAGCGACAAAGACAAGCCUAUACACAUUAAGAAGAAAUCUAUUGAUUGGUCUGAUUACUUCGGCAUUGACAAACGCAGCAAAAAACAAGUUGGUUUUGUUAACGACUUGACUCAAGAUAGACUGAGAAAGCAGUAUUUUGAUACGUUCAACAAGGAAGUAAUUUACCCUUUGAAUUCAUUUCGAAAACAUAGCAACGUGAAACGAAACUAUGUCGAAACGAAACCUAAUGAAGAAACUGAAAUUCAAAUUGAUAGAGCUCAUCUCGCUAUCCAAAAUGACGACAAGAGAAGCUCUGCCUCUGAUAAUGAUUCUAAGUUGGACAACAUUGACAAAAAGCUACGAAAUAUGGAGGGACUGAUUGUUGAUGAGGCGUUGCAUUACUCGAACGUAGGCGAAGAACUUGACUCAAAGGAGGAACAAGAAAUGAAGGAGAAGUUACUGUCACGACUGGCAGCUGCUUACAGUUUGGAAAAAAUGAGAAAGGCGCUGAAAGAAUUCAAGCAAAGUCUACAAAUUCAGAAGACCAAAGUAAACGUAGCUCCAUCUCCGAAUCCCGCUGAUGACGCUAAAGCUAAGCGCGUUGCCGUCAAAAAAGAAAAGGUGGAAAUUUUGAACAACGACAUUCCCGGAUUCGAGAAGAGUGAUGACAGGAACAAUGACUUUGAAGAUGAACAAGGAGCAGGUCACUACUUGAACGGAAAGAUUGAAGAACAGUUCUCUGAAGGAUACAUGGGUGGAAGUGGACGACACCGUAUUCCUGUUAUGGCAACUGUGGGAGCCUCUGGAGCAUGCCCAGUCCUUGCAAAGAUUGUGCAGCGCUGCCGCGGAGUAGACCUGCUAGCCGGCGACCGUGGACAACUGUUCCUUCCACUUUGCAGCCUGCAUCAGAUCUGCUAUCUAUGCGGUGAGGCACCACCAACAACUUGCGACUUAGUAUUCCUGUCUGAAGCUGACACGACCUGCGAAGGGGACAUGAGUUGCCAGCGAGCUGCUCGCUCCGCCCUGAUGGCGCUCCGGGAGCUGCACGACAACCUCGCGGACGAGCUGGACGGGGAGUGCGAGGCCAGCCCCUGCCUGCCCGCCACCCUCAAGCUCAACCUCGGCUGGCAGAGAGCCUUCCAGCGAUAGACCACCCGCACUACAACCGACCACCCCAACACGAGGGACGAGGCACGUCUCAUGUAAUGGACAAGGCUACUUCCAUCGUCCCUCUACGAGCCGUUCUCCGAUAAAUGUACUUUUUUUUAAACUUGUCACCUAAAGGUAUAUCAUUUCACCAUUAGUAUUAUCUAGUUAAGACUUUGUUAUCGUAUUCGUACGAGUCUAACCAGCCAUAGACCCGUAGGGAUACCGAGUUUAACAGUCAAACAAAGUUGAUCUCAAUAGUUACGUCAGCUAGCAUGUUAUUUAUGCGAUAAUUCUACGCUUUCAUUGUUAAAUGUAAUUUGAAUAUUAUUAUUAUAUUAUAUUGAACGUUGUAUGGACUUUUGCUAGAUAUGUUUUUGCGAUCGUAUUUCAAGUGUAGAUCCAUCUUAUAUGAUAAUAUAAUGUGGAACUCGGGGCAGGAUUAGAUGUGAGUUUUUCGGAAAUUCGAAGUGUUUAUGGAUGUAUUAAGAUGGUAACUUUAUUGUUGUUAAGUAUUUACUUACGAAUAUUUGUAUUUAAGUGUGUCCACGUAAGUAUUGAAACUAAUCUGAAUAUUAUAUGUAUAAUAAAUGUAAUUCCAAAGUAUGAGACUAUUAUAAAUGGGAAUAUAUUCCAAUGUAUUGAGAAAUAUCACAUGGGUACAUGUAACUAAUAGAUGUGUACCUGUUUAUUAUAUCUAUAUUUUCUAUUUAUUUAACUAAAACUAUAUUUAGAUGUAACGAUUCGGAAAGGUAGAGACAGUAUUGCUUUGUCAGACGCCCCACAGUAAACCACCUGGCCUGAGAUGAGAGCGCAAAUAGCUUAAGUCUAGCGCGGCACUUUAGACUAUACUAGGACAAUAAAUGUUUGGUUAACACGAGUGACGUCAGCUGCGGAGUGACGUCACCAAGUGUCUUUAGAAGAGUGGAUAUUGCACUCGACCCUCUAAGUCUUCCGAUCGAAAUUUUGGCUUCAAACUUGUGUCCUUCGUUCCACGAGCACAGACCGCGUGUUUACUAAUCCCUAUGCGAAAUUUACAAUGUUUUAUCUUGACAUUUACAAUAAAUGUUAGUCGGAGUGAUGAGAAUUAGAUAGAAUAUAUGAAUGUAAUUUAUUAUUAAUACUGUACUGUAAUGUACCGGUCAUUUUAACGACUUGAAUGUUAUCACUUUAUUCAAGUAAUUACUAACACCCAAAUAUAAAUGGUUUUCAAUAAAACAUGUUUCAAUCAUA